UUUCAAUCUUGAUAAACCUCACAACGCACCACCUUUUGUUCAGAAGCCCUUCAUUAAAGAUAAAGAGAUAAAGAGCAGCUGUCUUCGUCAUCACAUCCAGAGGCACAUUGAGUCACCAUGAGGACCACUAACAUCCUCCUGCUUUGCAUCCUGGGAUGUGCUCUGAUUGCCUCCGCGAUCGGCAACAGUGGAACUGGCCCUGAUCACUGUUGCUUCACACCUUACCCGAGGAGACUGAACAAAAAGCUCAUCCGCUCAUAUUACAUGACUGAUCACCGAUGCCCCAAGUCCGGAGUCAUUCUGAUUACCCAAAAGGGUCGUCACAUCUGCGUCGACCCGGACCUCUCCUGGGUUGGCAACAUCAUGAGUAGUGUGGACGGAAGUACCUUUUGAAGCAGCUAGCUGCCUGCUCGCAUUCCUUCAAAGUCACUGCGGCUUUCGUUGGUUCAUCAAAUGCAUUUUAGUAUCAAUCUGUUGAUUUGGCCUCCUGAUGGAGUCCCUUUAGGCUUGUAUCGGCACAUUGAGCCACUUCCCAUGUUUGGUAGUUAUUUUGGAUGCUUUGUAAAAGUCACAACAUAAUUCUGUAUCAGCCUCAUACAAAUACAGUCUUUCAUGUUAAAGCCUUGACUUGUGUCUCAAUGCUUGUAUUUUUAUAUGGGGGUGCAAAAAUGAAUAAAGGGAUUUUACAGGUUGAA